AGCCACAAACUAAAUUAACGGUCAACAUUCAAGUUGAAGAAGGGUUUUUGACUCAAAAUUUGUCCAGUGUGUGCUCUGCGUUCGUGCAGUGGCGGCCAGUGGAGGCCCUUAACUUACUUUCCUCCGUUUUUAGCAAAUCACAGGUGCUUCCAUUUGAACAUAGUACUUUGACAGCAGUAAAGUGUCAACAAGAUUUCCCUAUGGAACUUACAGCCAAUAAUGAUGAUGGUUCCCUCAUUCUGAUUAAGCAAGGAGCUGAAGCUAGAGUUUUUGAAUCAACAUUUGUGGGAAGGAGGUCUAUUGUGAAGGAACGCUUCUCAAAGAAGUACAGGCACCCCUCAUUGGAUUCAAAACUUACUCUCAGGCGCCUCAAUGCUGAGGCUAGGUGCAUGACAAAAGCAAGACGACUUGGGGUUUCAACUCCAGUGCUGUAUGCCAUGGACCCUGUGCAGCAUACCCUGACAUUUGAGUAUGUGGAGGGCCCUUCGGUUAAAGAUGUAUUCCUCGAAUUUGGGUUGCAUGGUAUUUUGGAAGAGCGAUUGGAUGAUAUUGCAGUACAGAUUGGUGAUGCAAUUGCUAAAUUACAUGAUGGUGGUCUCAUUCAUGGUGACUUGACCACAUCAAACAUGCUAAUUAGGAAUGGUACAAACCAGCUGGUCCUGAUUGACUUUGGUCUGAGCUUCACAUCAACCCUUCCAGAAGACAAAGCUGUUGAUUUAUAUGUACUUGAGAGAGCCUUGGUUUCAAUGCAUUCUUCAUGUGGGAAUGUGAUGGACCGAAUACUUGCUGCCUAUAGGAAGUCCUCAAAGCAGUGGUCAUCCACAAUGAAUAAGCUCGCACAAGUGCGUCAAAGGGGUCGAAAGCGCACCAUGGUUGGAUGAGCCUUGUUCAAGCAUGUACUAUGGUAAGAUGAAGAGAUGCCCAUAGUGACUAAUUAGUAUUAUGUUGUAAUCAACAUCUGAGGUAAUUUAUUACCACUUCUUAGUUGUCACGCUAUGUAUGUAUUGAACCUUUGGACUGCUCAUUAUGAUUGUCUUCAGCCUUGGUUGGACAGAACUGCAUAUAUUUGAUAAAAGAAAACCUUGUAUUUAAAAUUUAUGAAAUUUAUUCUACUAUUUGGAUGUUAA